UCUCUCUCUCUGUCAAAUAAAUAAAUAAAAUCUUUAAAAAAAAAUAAAACCGUCCCAUGGCUUUCUGUUAUGCCGUGAAUUAAACCCAGACCCCUUCUUUGAAGCCUUCGUUGCCCUUCCUGAUCUGAGCCUUGCUUACCAUUAGCCUCAUAUCCCCAUCUCCUUCCGUUUCCUGGGCAUGGUGGCUUUUUUUCCUGCUGCAUCCUGUUUCCAUCUUAAGCUUUUGUUCGUUUUCUGCGUUGUUAUUGCAGAAUGCCUUUCUCCCCCAACAUCUUUGCUCCAUCACCACUUUCUUAUAGUUUUGGUUUCAGCUCAGCUAUUGCUUUAGAUAGGACACCGUUCUGACCCAAACCAAAGCAGCACUUUGACUUCAUCACUUUCCUUUUUCGUCUUCUCACUAGCACUCCUUGUACCUGAAACUAUAUUAAUAUGUUUUCAGAAUUUCAGUCUGGAAUGUAAUUUCCCCCUAUGUCCUGAGCCCUUCGAAAGUAUCUGGUAUGUGGAAGGAAUGUUGUUGACUGACAGAUUUCAUAAGAAAAAAGAAUAAAGCGGUGCAUUUUGAAUGUUUCGUUUCCCUUGUAUAUUCCUGUUCUCCAUCAGGAAAUAGAGAAAAACGAUUCUAACUAGGGACCUUUCAUUUGUUUUAGCAGCAUUUCAAAGUGCUUUAAAUUCCUAGGACAUUAAACCUACCCCUACCGUGUUCAAAUAAGAGUACAAAAAAAAAAAAAAAAGCCCUUUGGAGGUAAAUUGUACGACUUGGGGAUAACCCAUUUCUUUUCUCCAUAUCUCAUACAGAAGAGUUGGCCAUGAGUUUUUUAUGAAUGUUAUGUGUUAUGUCAUAAAGGUUUACAUCAUCAACCAUAUCUGGAUUUAAAAUAUUCUGUUAUUAUGUAACAGUUUGCUUUGUGAAUGUAUUUAACUGGGAAUAGAGCCAAGUGUGUGAGCAGAUCCACCAUCAAACAUGGCUUCAAGCUUUUAACUGAUACUCCAACAUAUGAUAUCAUAAACAGAGGGCAGUCCUGUACUGUAUCGAAAUGUUAAUUCUUUAAGGGAGCGAAUGUCUGCCUUCCAGUCAGCUUUUCACUGCAUAAAGGAGAAUGAAAACAUGACCGACUGUCCUGGAUUCUCAGAGGCAGAAGGAGAGUUCAAGACCACAGGCUCGAACAAAAAGGAAGGUCUUGGUGAAUGUCAAGAGUCUGAGUUCCCUGCAAACUUAUCAUACAAACGUCGAAGGGUAUCCUCUCAGAGCAACUUUGAUGAAAAUCUAACUGAUGCAGUUAAUCUCCAGAUACUCAGUAGUGCCGUUUCUCAUAGUGCUGUUGAAACUGCUCCUGCAGAUUUUUCUGAGAAAUCUUUUGAAUCUGGUUUAACACACUCUGGAUAUUUAGUUGGAGAGUCUGUUUCACUUUCCGAGCUCACGGAGGCUUCAAGUGGAGUCAAGUUUGCUGAGUGUGUAGAGGGCAAAAGAUCGAGGGGUGCUGUUUCACUUGACAACUUUGCAGAAGUGAGCACAGACAACGCUCCCGAAGUCAGGUCGCCAGUCACUCCGUGGUGUAAGAGGGGCGUUCUGUCCCCUGAGACCUCUGUACUUCGUUCUGUGCUAAAGAAACCCUCUGUUAAGCUGUUUCCUGAAGGCCUGCAGGAACACUGUGACAAUCUCUGUGAUGAUGGGACUCAUCCAAGCUUAAUCUCAAAUCUUGCAAACUGUUGCAAAGAACAAAAAGCAGAAGGUCAAGAAAAUUGCAAAGUGCCAGCUUUUCUAAAUAUCAGGAAGAGGAAGAGAGUUACUUUUGGAGAGGAUCUAAGCCCUGAGGUGUUUGAUGAGUCUUUGCCAGCAAAUACUCCGUUGCGUAAAGGAGGAACACCUGUCCGCAGAAAGGAUUUAAGUAGUAUCAGUCCCCUGCUACUUGAGCAAUCACCAGUUCCUGUGCAGUUGCAGUUAUCACAACCAAAUUUUGAUGACAAGGGGGAGAAUCUUGAAAAUAUAGAACCUCUUCAGGUGUCAUUUGCAGUUCUGAGUCCUCUAAGUAAGUCUUCAGUCUCUGAGACUCUUUCAGGCACUGAUGACUUUAGCUCUUCAAAAAACCAUGAGAAAAUAGUUUCCCAUAAAGUUGGUAGAAUAACACGGGCCUCUAACAGAAGAAGUCAAUUGAUCACUUUCGCAGAAGAGAAUGUUUGCAACUUACUUAAUACAGAAGCCCAGCCAUGUAAAGAAAAGAAAAUUAAUAGGAGGAAAUCUCAGGAAAGGAAGCGCACAGGAAGAGUGCUUCCUAAAAAGAAUCAGGCUUUAAAAAGUUGCAGGAAGAAGAAAGCAAAGGGAAAGAAGAGCGUUCAGAAGUCCUUAUACGGGGAAAGAGACCUUGCUUCGAAGAAGCCGCUCCUCAGUCCAAUUCCUGAGCUUCCUGAGCUUUCGGAGAUAAUGCCUCCCACUCCAGGCGCCGGAAGGCUGUGUUCAGAUGAUUUCAACUCCAACGGUGAACUUGAAGAAGCAAAGCUUCCUAAAAGAAAGACUCUUUUGCCCCAGAACCCAGAAGAUUUGCAGAUGAAUCAAGGCUUUAAUAAAUAUGAUCUGUCUGCAUUCUGCGGCUCUUACACGAAAAGUUCCUUGUCACUUAUUAACGCUACUUUAGAUCAAGAUUUAAAUAUAAAUGCCGUGGCAACUAAUGAACAUAAAACUAUUCCAAAAGCAGAAAUUAAGUCGGAAGUUGAGAAUGGACUGAGAGCUGGCCCUGAGAGUGAAAGCGGUCAUGUUUCUUGUGCUCCUGUGACCGCAGAGUCCUUGGCAUCAGAUGAUGCAGAAUCCAGGGCUAUCCUGCCGUCCCGGGAAUUGGCUGCUGCCGGUCAAAAUGUGGAAAACCUUUUUCAAAUCUUUAAAAUUUCAGAAGAUGUAAACAUAAAGUAUGAAAAACAGGAUGACUUUUUAAUAGCUACAGAAGGAAAACUGCAGCCCAUGCAUUUAACGUCUGACCUACAAAAUGAAGAGGUCUUAAGUGACAACGUAAAAGAAAGUAAAAGCCCGGAGGGAAGAAACUCCCUAGAAGGUAAAAGUAGCACUGGUAUGAGUGGUGGAGAAAAGAAGCAUAGAAGACGCUCUACGUGUUAUUCCGACAGCCAGAGUUUAUAUUUGGAAAAAAAGGGCAAUCACAAACCUCCCUACAUUGUGAGUAGCUCUCUAGAAAUUGGUUUAGAAAAUUCUGAACUGUAUAAAGAUUUAUCGGCCUCCAUAGAGCAAACCUUCCAGAGAACAAAUAGCGAAACAAAAGUAAGACGUAGCACAAGGCUACGAAAAGAUUUGGAAGAUGAAGGGCUUGUAUGGAUUUCAGUUCCGUUUCCUUCCACGUCCUGCACUUCGCAAAGAGUGAAAAGGAGAACAAUAUGUACCGUUGACAGAGGAUUUGAAAGCCUGUCCCUCUCUCAAGAAACUGUGUCUUCUGGACAGAAACCGGGUCUGUCGCUGUCCGUAUCAGGUAAAGAAAACAGGGAGGGCCUUGCGGCCAAUUCUUCCAGUUUACCUGGAAAGAGGAGGAAGAGCCUCUGUACAUCUACACUCGCAAAUUCGAAAGAUACUACUCAGUCCAAGUGCUACAAAAGAAGAACCUCUCUCGGCCAGAAGGGAGAGAGCUCUUUCAAGGACUUCGAAACAGUCGGACAUGUCUGGGAACUAAAGCAGUGACUGGCAUUUUCUACAGAACGCGUGGCAGCAGAGAAGGUAACUGCCUGUGCUUAAAAGAUCCUUUCAUUCUGAUUCUCAUCAUUUGUUCAACUUUGCUGUUUUACAAGUUUCAAAUAAAAUCAUUUGAGUUGAACCUAUUUCUAAGUAGAAAUAAGUGAAUUUCUUCAUUCGAAAGGGAAACAUUCUAUUAAAAAUGUUCUUCUCUCCCCGAAUAGUACAUAUUUACUGAAGCUUUCACAUUAGUACAUGUUUACUGAAGCUUUAGAGGCUCUGUUGUAAAAAAAAAAAAACAAAAAAAAAACCCACCACCAUCUUCUAGAAUUGACUCAUUCUGCAUGAGAAGAGUUUAACAAACAACAUGGUAGAAUUAAUGUAAUUUUACAAAAAUUGAAGGGAAUACAAGGUUAAACACUGUUAGAAAAUGAGAAAAGAUGUGUUUUUAAAAUGCUGCCCCCCCCCAAAAAAAAACUGGUUAAAAAAUGUUAACAGGAAAGAUGGAAAUCAUAAGACUUGGUUUAAAGUUGAGAAGCUUUAAUGAUUUGCUUUGUCUCAAAUGAAAAUUGUGUAUUAAUAGGUUAAAAUCAAAACUUAAACAUGGCAUUUUGGAAAAUUUUUUCAAUAAUCAGAAUAUUAUAAAUCUAGCAUUAUAAAAUGAAUAUAUAGUUUAUAAAUAACUAAGGUGAAAGCAUUUUGUCCUUCAAACAAGAUUCUUACAUGCUUUGUGGGGUGGGAGGUGCAGGAUUGGUUUUUGGUGAAAACAGAGCAGUUUAGUUGAAUCAUCUUCCAGAUCAUUCCAAUUAGUCACAUUUAGGAUUUAUUCCAAGAAAUCCCAAAUUAGUAAUUUGGGAUUUAAUUCAUGGCUCUCCAUUUAAAAAUAAAAUUUUUUUAAAUCCAAAAACUCGUAAGAAAGGGCCCUGGAAAAUGAGUUUACUUAACACGAAGGUGGUGGUAGAUGGCUGAUUUUUUUUUUUUAACAUGGUCUUUUCCAGCAGUUCUCUUUAUUUCACAAUAUCAAGUACUGUCACUUGUUUCGGAUUUUCCAGUUACAUUUCAGCAGCGUCCUCUCCUAUCGCCGUUUUGAUGACGGCCAUUGGAAAAUCUAAAUUGCUAUAUAUAUGGAAUAUGUGAAUGCACAUAAAUCAUUGUAUCAUUAAACAAUUGUCUUUGAAAUCCUUUAAAUCAUUAAACUCUCCCUCUCCCUGAUAGCAGAAACAUGUUAACAAAUAGAGCUCUCUAUAAAUAACACAACAGGGAAGAAAGCUCCCGCUGAGCGCCCAUUUCCCCCGCCUCAGAUAGAGACUAUUUGUUACCUUCUUGGCACCAAUAGGUCUGGAACUCCUGCUGCUAAAGACUCAAUGUAUUUUACAUUAACGCUCAAAGUGAUCCCCAAUUUCUUCUGCUAAAGGGUGGAUUGUUUAAAAAAUUCUUUUAUCUUUACACGUAAAUUAUUUAUGGGCUUUUUUCUCCCCGUUUAUAGUUUGGUAUGGUUGGCAAAUCUCUACCACUGAAAACAAACCUCCCCCCCACCAAAACGAAGCUUUUGGGUUUGGGUAAUUUAAAAAGAAUAAAAACUUUCAGAAACAUGCGAUGUUCAGGGUUUUGUUUUUUAAAAGCUUUUGGUUCUCCUUUAAUGUGAAGGCUAAAACUACUGAUCGUUUUUUCUCCCCUUUUUGCUGUAUGAUGAUGUAUAAUCUCAGUUGUAUUUGAAUUUUAAGAAUUUCACAUGCUUAUUUUAUUAAGAUGUGCUAAUGAGGAUAAGAGAAACAUUUGAUCCGUGGGAUUUUUUGGCUGGACUUUUCAAAUGUAAAAUUGUUAUCUGGCAUCUCCAGUUAAAAAUGUAAACACUUGAUGCCUUUUGUUGGUUUCAGGAUGUGUGGGUUUAAAUGUUUCAUUGAUAUUUGUAAGUAACAAAUAGGCAGUUUUUCUAAAAAGAAGAGGUCCGAGAAAUCAAAGCAAUUUGGACAUAGCUUUAUCCACUGUCUCGUUUGUAUCCUAAGAUUUGUGAAAAGUUAAUUAUUUCUGUAUUUGAUCAUGCUUGCUUGUUUUUAGCUGUUUCUUUUCAUUAUUGGUUGAAUCAGAAACUGGGCUUCAGAAGAGUUUGCCCUUGCCUUAUCUUUUUUUCCUGCGGUAACCCUUGACAUUUUGCCUUACCAAGUCUGGGUAUCUUUUGUUGCUCCUGUAGAUGCUUGUUUGUUCCAGAAGAUGGCAGCAUGACAUCUGGAUACAUUACCUUAAGCCCGGACAGCUCUUCCUUGUUGCUGUGGGUGCUUCCCUUUAACUUGUAUUUUCACUCAUUUUUAUCACGAAAAUGAUAUGUGUCUGUUGGAAAAAGUAGAGAACGGUAUACAAUAGAAACUGUCUUCCUUCACCUCAUGGGAGCAUCCCGCAGCCACACCUGCCUCUUCCCAGCUUUCUAUGUAAACACUGUUAACAACUGGCCUGCGUCUUCCAGACCUUCGCCUGUGCAAACAUGUUUUCUAACGGGACCACUAUAAUGUGCCGUUCUGCCACUUAAUUUUUUUAUUCAACAAAAUACCAUGACUAAACUUCCAUGUUGUUAUGGGGAGCUCCUGUGCUCCUUCCAUCUUUUGAAUCCCUGCAUAGGGUUGUAUACCCUGCACAUCUAUAACUUCGUUAGCCGUCUCCUUACUAACGAAUGCUAGUUGUCUCCACUUCUUUGUGACUGAAAAUUAUGCCAUGCUGAGCUUGUGUGCACAUGUCCAUAAGAUAAAUUUCUUGAAAUUAAAAUUAAUUGGAUAUCAAGUUAUCCUCCACUGUUGAUACCUGAUACAGUUCUCUGGUAAAGAUUUUGUCAUGCAUCACCUUCAUUCAGCCUGUCACGUUCUUCUCCUGCCGCUUGAAUGCCACUUUGCUUCCGUUUCCUCUCGCUGCCCCCAGCUGGCUCUUGAGCUGUGGAAUCGAGUGUGGGGCUUAGACUUGGUGUGACACGGAGGAAAUGAGUAUUAAUGCCCAAUUCAUGCUUUAGAUUGAAAGAACUUUGUUUUUUCUGAAGUUAGGUAUAUUGAGGUGUAAUUAACUCUAGUAAACUGUACUGAAGUUUACCUUUUUAAAUGUACAGUGUGAAUUUUGGCAGUUGAUCCAGUUAUCUAAUGACUACCGCAGUUAUGUAAUAGAACAUUUCCAUCACCUCGGAGGACAUCCUGCCUCUUUGUGGUCAGUCCCCUCCCCCUAACCCCAACCCCUUGCAAUCACUUAGCAGAUUUCCGUCCUUCUAGAUUUGCCUAUUCUGCAACGUUGUAUAAAUUGAUAUAAGAGUUAGAGCCUUUUGUCUUUCUUGAAAUUUAUCAGAAUGCUUUGGAGAUUCAUCCGUUUCAUGUCAUAAGUAGUUCAUUCCUGUUUAUCGCCAAGUAGUAGUAUUCUGUUUUACGGAUGUACCAGGUUUCUUCACUCAUUCGCCAAUCGAUGUAUUGGUAUUUGGAUUGUUUGUUUUUUUUACUAUUACAAAUAAAGCUGCUAUAAACAUUCA